AUACGAUGUUGGUUUAAACUCUGUGAACCGAUGUGUUGGUGGCGGUUGAGUUCGACCCUGAAUCAAGCUUACUCACUUUGUGCGACGGCCCGGCAGGUGACAUCAUGCGUGAAACAGCAAAGGACUUCUCAUCCUGAAAUGUCUGCAAGCUAUUUUCUUGAGUCGCGAGCUAGAAAUUAUCCGGUGAGUUCUUCUCAAAUAUUUUCAGUGUACUAAGGCUAUCACUGGAUUAUCUGCUCUCGAGCGAACUAUUCAUCGCUCGACACAGCUUCCUCUCCUGCUCCAUAUAAUCAUAUUACGAGUGCCGGAGCAUCAGCUUUUUGGAAUUGAAGAUAUGCUAUCAAUCUCGUGAUGUCGCAGGCAGCAAUGAAACCCAACAAUCCGUUGAGUCGCAUUGACCCACUCUGCUUACUCUCACCGAUUGUCAAGCCUCAGCCAUUUCAAUGAAGUGCGUGCUGAAAACAACAAAAGAAAUGGCACAAGCGACACAAAAUACCAUCACAAAGUUUGAGAUAGUCGGGAACACAGGCAGCUCAUAUCCUUUGAUCAUCUUCUUUCACGGCUCAGGCGACUCCUGCAAGUCUUGGGGGGCUUUAGCAGAACUGCUUCGACCUGCGUACCACCUUCUGCUCUGGGAUAGACAAGAUCCAUAUGUCAGAACCGAUGUAGCUAUUUCCGAACUGUUGGGUUUUCUCGACAGCAGGGACACGCCUAAGCAAUAUGUGCUGAUCGCGCAUUCAUACGGCGGCACCUUCGCAAGGCUCUUCCUCGAAGCGAGACCGCACCAAGUCGCAGGAAUAGUCCUCGCCGAGACGGGUGCAGAGCCAACGAUAGACGCCCGACUCGAACAAAGACAAUACGAUAAGAAGAUCUUGGGGAACAAACCACUUGUUGUCAUUCGUGGCAACACUCUGAAAUGGAAACAACUACAGUAUGAUCAAGCUAUCGCUGCAGAGCAGAACCUCGCCAGCCCAACCCUGCUGAUGCAGAAGAAGCUUUUGGACGCGACAGACAAAGAAGAUGAGAGACUGAAGAAAGCACAGUUGCAACUUUCUAGGAAUAAUCGAUAUGUACAUAUCCCGGAUGUCAGUCAUGACGUGAUUAUUGAGAAACCAGAAGCUGUGAGGGAGGCUGUUUGUUGGGUCAUGGAGCAUUUGCAGACUGGUGAAGGAGAGGUUCGGGAGGAAGAGAUACAAGUACAGGCGAGAGGCGAGGACGUAACUGUUGCCAAAAAGAGCUUUAGGGAUAGGUUGAGAGGAGCGAAGAAGAUGUCUCUGAGAGGAAGUCUGUCCAAGCUGUUCAAGAAGUCAGAUAAGUGAGAGAGGCAUUUGAGAUACCACUGUUGUGAGAGUUUGAACGAAGAGUUUGAAUGGAAAUGUAAUAUCCAUAUAGUGUAAGAAGAGGGUUAUAGAAGAAGACCCAAGCGGUAGGAUGUACAAAGAGAAUAGGCUAAAGAGGGCAGUAUUCUUUCCACUUUGUGAAUGAUGAAA